GCCGAGCCGGUUGCGCGCGCAAAUGGCACGCGCAGUGGGUCAAUCAAAGAUGGCAGCGGCUGUCUUCCGACCCGCUCUGCGAGACUGGGGGUGCUGCCUCCGGUGGAGCUACGCGCUUCGGCAACUGAGCCAAACCCAGGGGCCUCCUGAUAACCCCAGCUUUGUGGAGUCUGUGAAUGAAUACCAGUUUGUGGAGCGUCUGUUCCCCCCCACCAAAAUCCCAGAGCCACCAAAGCAUAAACAUUAUCCCACUCCCAGCGGCUGGCAGCCUCCCAGAGAUCCCCCUCCCAACUUGCCCUACUUUGUUCGACGAUCCCGGAUGCACAACAUCCCUGUCUACAAGGACAUUACACAUGGCAACCGACAAAUGACCGUGAUCAGGAAGGUGGAGGGGGACAUCUGGGCUCUACAGAAAGACGUGGAAGAGUUUCUGAGCCCACAGCUGGGAAGAACACCCAUCACCCAGGUUAAUGAGGUGACAGGGACUCUUCGAAUCAAGGGCUACUUUGAUGAGCAGCUUAAAGCCUGGCUUCUUGAGAAAGGCUUCUGAGAUAUGAUAAUCAUCCCCAUGGCAGUUCCUCCACAGACUGGCAUUCAUGGAGGAAGUGGAUUUGGAGUCUUUGGAAUGGGAUUCAAAAGUACCUAAUGAGCAUUGAGAUCAGUCCUUGCUUCAUAAAGAGGAAAAAGACCUUGGUGUUUAAGUGUCCACUUGGGGCCGGGCGGUGGUGGCGCACGCCUUUAAUCCCAGCACUUGGGAGGCAGAGACAGGCGGAUCUCUGUGAGUUCGAGACCAGCCUGGUCUACAAGAGCUAGUUCCAGGACAGACUCCAAAACCACAGAGAAACCCUGUCUCAAAAAACCAAAAAAAAAAAAAAAAAAGUGUCCACUUGGGGAGAGCUAUUCAAUGUGGGAGUCCACAAGACACAGUCAAGCUAGCAAGAGACAUUAACUGCUGUCUCUUUAAGCACGGUGGUGCAUUUCUUAUGUGAGCCAUUCUGGAAACAACCACCCAACCCUGUUCUGGGGACUUCACAGGACAGACCCAUUAGGGACAUGCAUCCUUGAUUUUCUGGAGCUUUUGCUGUAAGCCAGACUAGUCUUGGUAGCACAUGUGGAAAACAUACACAGACGCCGGGCAGUGGUGGCGCACACCUUUAAUCCCAGCACUCGGGAGGCAGAGGCAGCGGAUCUCUGUGAGUUCGAGGCCAGCCUGGUCUACAAGAGCUAGUUCCAGGCCAGGCUCCAAAGCUACAGAGAAACCCUGUUUCGAAAAACAAACAAACAAAAAAAAAAACAAAAAAACAUACACAGACAACACAGGAAAAUGACAUGGACUGUGGACUGCAAUGGACAAGACAGGCAAAAGAAUAUCUUAGGUUCUGAGUGUGUAUAAUCGGGUUGGGGACAUCAUCCUGCUGUCUCAUCCAAUAUCAGCCACUUGUUCAACUUCACCGUUUAAUUGGUUAAGCAGCAUUCAGAUCCUGGCUGCCCUGCUUGAUUUCAGACCUAAGGUUCUCCAUGUGGAAGAUGGAUGUCUAGAUGUUCAGUGACCUUGGCAUCCUCAUUCCAGGAGACCACAGAUCAGUCAUGAGUCUACAGGCUGGGCAAGGAAAAGGAGCCUCGCCCUAAGUUACAAGCCCCACCAGUCAUUAAUGCAAGUUUUUAUUAGGCUGUAUAUACAAUUUAAGCUAUUAAAAUUUGUACAAUAUUUACAAAUUAAAUAAUCA